AUGUACAAAAAUCGGAAUUACGCUCUUGAUGUUUCUUCACCGUCUGCGUUAACCAGAGGAACCGUCAACGACAUUCUUUCUAGAAAUAUCACAAUGGUGCUUGAGAAUCUUCUAAUGAAUUACGAGAACAAUCAACUACCUACUCAUGGAAAGGGGACGCCAACUGUGGUGAAAACAAAUAUUUUGAUAAGAAGCAUGGGCCCUGUAUCGGAAUUGGAUAUGGAUUAUUCAAUGGACUGUUACUUUCGACAAUCUUGGCGGGAUUCUCGUCUGAGUUUUUUAGGUCCAAUAAAAUCUCUUAGUUUGAGCAUCAAAAUGUUAGAGAGGAUCUGGAGGCCGGACACGUAUUUUUACAAUGGAAAACACAGCUACGUGCAUACCAUCACGGUACCGAAUAAAUUAUUAAGAAUCUCACGGGACGGGGAUAUUCUAUAUUCCAUGAGGCUUACUAUAAAAGCAAAAUGUCCAAUGGAGCUCAGAAAUUUUCCCAUGGAUCGGCAGUCCUGUCCUCUUAUUCUUGGAAGCUGUAAACGCGUAUACCUCUGGCCAGUUAGUAUACGAAUGGCAAGAGGGAUCUUCGUAAAUUUCGUACCUGGAAUGGCUCUUUCACAGUUCGACUUAAUGGGUUCACCGUAUAGAAAUUUAACAUUCGUUCGUCGAGAGGGUGAAUUUUCAGUUCUCCAAGUCUCCUUCAACUUGCAACGACAUACCGGAUAUUUUCUCAUUCAGGUUUACGUGCCCUGUGUUUUAAUAGUAGUACUAAGUUGGGUGUCAUUUUGGAUUCAUCGUGAGGCCACCAGUGAUCGAGUCGGCUUAGGUAUCACCACAGUUUUGACUCUGUCGACUAUCAGUCUCGAUUCCAGAACAGAUUUACCGAAAGUCAGAUACGCCACUGCUCUUGAUUGGUUUUUAUUGAUGAGUUUUGGAUACUGCAUCGCUACCCUUUUGGAAUUCGCUGGUGUACAUUACUUUACAAAGGUUGGCAGCGGAGAAAUUCCUUUGGACGAAGAAGAAUGGGAGGACGAGAGUGAAACCGAUUAUCAAGAUGGAUUCUGCAGCAUCGUAUCGUGCAGUCCUCAAACAGUCGAGCCGGAAACAAUAAUAGAUGUACCACGCAGGAGAAGCUCUUUAAUAUGUGAUGUUUAUGGUGUUAACGAAUCGGUAUCUUAUGGAAGAGGAUCGAUGACAGUGUCUGUUACUUCCAGACCGUCAACAAUGGAAAGGCAAACGCAAACAGAAGUUUGGAUACCAAAAUGGCGGCAAUUUCUUUAUUGUCUCGCUGGAGACGAAGCGUUUAGGAAGCGUAGGCAAAGGGAAGCAGCUGGAAAUUGCAGGAAGCACGGUGAAAAAAUUGCGAGGCACAUAAACAGCGUGUCUACCAUUGAUAGAGUAGCGCGAAUAGUAUUUCCAGCCUCUUUUGGAUUUCUUAAUGUUUGUUACUGGGUAACUUACGUCACUUAUCAAGAGGAAUUUAAAUGGCAGGAUCCGCCACUUGGAUCAAUUUCCAAAUAA